AAUAUAAGAAAAGAUUAAUUAUAUAACCAAAAAGAGUCAUUUUCCAAAAUUGGUUGCAUUUAACUUCACAGUGAAUCGAUCCUUAAAACAGGUUAGAUUCAAAAGCACUCCAUUCCCCAUCUCAUCUUUAUAGCUUGGACGCAUUCUCAGCAGCUGAUUCUGACACCAACGGCACUCCGUUUUGUUAUUCGAUGAAAACUUCAAAUGCAUUGAACAUAUUUUUUAUGUAAUUAUUGUGACUUCUAUUCCCUACAUAGAACCCAUUUUAGUUUCCAUUCUACAGCGACUAAGUCGAUUGUCAAAGUUAUCUGGAAGAUGACGCAUGAGAGUGUUGGGAUUGCCAAAGAUGUCACUGAGUUGAUUGGUAAAACUCCAUUGGUAUAUCUGAACAAUGUGGUGGAUGGUUGUGUUGCUCGCAUUGCUGCUAAGCUUGAGAUAAUGGAACCCUGUUCUAGUGUCAAAGACAGGAUUGGUUAUUCCAUGAUCACUGAUGCUGAGGCAAAGGGUCUUAUUACCCCGGGAAAGAGUGUCCUCAUUGAACCUACAAGUGGAAACACUGGGAUAGGGCUAGCAUUUAUCGCUGCUGCCAAGAGAUACAGGCUUAUCAUUACAAUGCCUGCUUCAAUGAGUGUUGAGAGAAGGAUCAUUCUCCGAGCAUUUGGGGCUGAGUUGGUUCUCACGGACCCUGCUAAGGGCAUGAAAGGUGCUGUGCAGAAGGCAGAGGAGAUAUUGGCUAAGACACCUAAUGCCUACAUGCUCCAGCAGUUUGAAAACCCUGCCAACCCAAAGAUACACUAUGAGACUACUGGACCAGAGAUAUGGAAAGGUUCGGGAGGUAAAAUUGAUGCCCUUGUUUCUGGCAUAGGUACUGGUGGUACCAUAACAGGUGCAGGCAAAUAUCUGAAAGAGCAGAACCCCAACAUAAAACUUUAUGGUAUUGAACCAGUUGAAAGUCCCGUUCUCUCUGGAGGAAAGCCUGGCCCGCAUAAGAUCCAAGGAAUAGGUGCUGGUUUCGUACCUGGUGUUUUGGAAGUCAAUAUCAUUGAUGAAGUCGUUCAAGUAAGGCCGAAAUGUUAAUCAUGCAUAAUUAUU